CAGCAGUAUCACCACCAACAGCCUCGAUACGACAAGCCUCUACCCACCCAACGAGAUGCGCGAUCCCAUUCCCUAGGUCAAGGUGCUUACGGCCAUAUGUCGCCGCCUCCGAACCCUGGUGGUGCUAGACCACAGGCUCAUAAUCGCCCUGCUCCCAACUCACGACCUCCUCCCUCGCCGGGUAUCGAUGGCAGUGGUUCAGACCCUUCACUUUUGCCCCUUUUCCGCGCCGUAGACAAAGAUGGUACCGGCCACCUUUCCGAGAGGGAACUUUCUGCCGCCCUUGUCAACGGAGACUGGACUGCCUUUGACCCCCAUACCGUCCGCAUGAUGAUUCGAAUGUUUGACUCCGAUCGAAGUGGCACCAUUGGUUUCGAGGAGUUUUGCGGUCUAUGGUCCUUCUUGGCUUCAUGGAGAACUCUCUUCGACCGAUUCGACGCUGACCGCAGCGGCAACAUCUCUCUAUCCGAAUUCAAUAACGCACUCGUCGCUUUCCGAUACCGACUAAGCCCCCAGUUUGUUGAGUUGCUCUUCAAUACCUAUGAUAAGAGGAAUGAGGGAGUCAUGAGCUUCGAUCUCUUUGUUCAGAGCUGUAUCUCCCUGAAACGUAUGACGGACGUUUUCAAGAAGUAUGACGACGAUCGCGACGGCUACAUCACCUUGAGCUUUGAGGAUUUCUUGACAGAAAUCCUUAAGCAGCUCAAGUAGACGAUAGAAAGCGUGAAGGCUGGAAUACUGUGCGUCGGAAGCAAGCACCGGAGCUAAACUAAACAUUGAGAUCUCUAGUUGUCAUGUGCAUUUGAUUUUUGCACUCUAAAGGAAGGAAAAGGCCAUGCAUGUAUGUUACAGUGGAAUUUACGACAGAUACAGCCCAGGCUGGGCGGUUGGGGAGGUGUUAAGAUGUGAUAGCAUGAACCAAAGAUACCCUAGGUCGAGUCUCCGGAUCCUGGCUUAGAGACCGAAACUUACCUUAACAUCAAACAUGAAUUAUAUUGCUUAGCAUGUUCGUUUCUGACCAUUUCGAAUCGAUUCGGCAUGAUGUCUCAAAGCACAA